AUGAGGCUCUCCCUUUGUACCGUCAUCGCGGCUGUUGUGGCCUCCGUCGCCUCCCAGGAUGCUCCCAAUAUUCUGAUCUAUGGUUUGGCCGACAGCGUUGAAGACCGAGCCGCGAAAGAGCUUGGCUACAAUACGACCAUCGUCGGGGAUGCGGACUGGGGUAACAUGACUACCCUCGACUUCGCAGGCUACGACGCCAUCGUGGUGCCGGACCUCAACACAGACUCCUUGACCAGUCUCGACUUCCUCGAGAAGUCGAAAGACGUUUGGAGUCCCGCUAUCACUGGAAACAUCAUUGUCAUUGGUGGCGAUCCAGUCAAUCACAUCAGCAACGUUGGGGCAGGAAUUCUGAUUAGUAACGCUGUCCGCUUUGCUGCUACCGGUCGCUCAUCUCCAAGCACAACGGGCUUCUAUCUCGUGCUCUCACGCAUCUACAACAACGUGGACAACGCCACCGUCGACGUCCUCAGCCGCUUCGGCGACUUCAUCAUCCGUGGUAAUCUCGACUGCUACGACAAAGCCCACCUCGUCGCCUCCAGCCCCGCGUUAGACUCGCUCAACGAUACAGCACUGUCUAAUUGGGCCUGCAGCGUGCACGAAGCCUUCGCCUCCUACCCCACCACCGGCCGGAUCGACUUCCAAGCGCUCGCCAUCGCCCAGGACGUGCUCGUCGACGGCUCACAGGAGUUCGGCGACGGCUCGGUCGGGCUGCCGUACAUCAUCUCGCACGGUGCUACGCCGGCGGCCUGUGGUGAUGGGCAGUGGGAUGAGUUGUAUGGCGAGGAGUGUGAUGAUGGUAACGCGAGUAAUGGGGAUGGGUGUUCGUCUAGUUGCAAGUGUGAGAGUGGAAUGCCGAAUGGUGACGGGACUUGUGAGGAGCCGCCGUCGAGCAGUGGGUAUGGGCCUCCGCCGUCGUGUCCGAAGGAGACACAUCGACCUGCGGGUGGCUAUGGACCCGCGUCCAAUGCAUCCUAG